CUUCAGCCAACUAUUGGCCACCCACCUGAUGAAGCACCUUUUAAUCCUUAUGUGCUGCAAAGGAAGAGAGGUCUUACAGGAGCAGAAAAAGGUGAUCAGAGAGAGGCCUUACCCAUGGAUACUGAGGUCUAUGAAAGUCCAUAUGCUGAUCCAGAUGAAAUGAAACCAAAAAAUGUCACUCUUGACAGGAAUUUGUUAACCUUGGAGGAAGGAGAACUUGGCUCUGGCAACUUUGGUACUGUAAAGAAAGGGUUCUAUAAGAUGAAAAAGGGUGCCAAGCCAGUGGCUGUAAAAAUUCUUAAGAAUGAGAGUAAUGAUCCAGCCAUAAAGGAUGAAUUACUGAGAGAAGCAAAUGUAAUGCAGCAACUGGAUAACCCAUAUAUUGUCCGAAUGAUUGGCAUAUGUGAAGCUGAGGCCUGGAUGUUAGUAAUGGAAAUGGCUGAGCUUGGCCCAUUAAACAAAUUCUUGCAAAAAAAUAGACAUGUCACGGAGAAGAAUAUAACAGAGCUGGUACAUCAGGUUUCCAUGGGGAUGAAAUACCUGGAGGAGAAUAACUUUGUUCAUAGGGAUCUGGCUGCAAGGAACGUGCUAUUAGUCACCCAACAUUAUGCCAAAAUUAGUGACUUCGGACUUUCUAAAGCUCUUAGUGCUGAUGAAAAUUAUUAUAAGGCACAAAGUCAUGGAAAAUGGCCAGUCAAGUGGUAUGCUCCAGAAUGCAUGAAUUUCUACAAAUUUUCUAGCAAAAGUGAUGUCUGGAGCUUUGGGGUUUUAAUGUGGGAAGCUUUCUCUUAUGGGCAAAAACCAUAUAAGGGAAUGAAAGGUGGUGAAGUUGCACAGAUGAUUGAAAGAGGAGAACGGAUGGAACGUCCUGAAGUCUGUCCAACAGAAGUCUAUGAUCUAAUGAAAUUGUGUUGGACAUACAACAUUGAUGACCGACCAGGAUUUGUUGCAGUCGAGCUGCGAUUACGUGACUACUAUUACGACAUUUCCCACUAA